AACAGGAAACAACAAAAUGAUCAGUACAAAGAAGCUUAUCAAAAUGGCAAGGAAAUGGCAAAGAUUAGCAGCUGCUAGCAGAAGGAGAAUUUAUUGGUCAAAACCAGUGGCUGAGAAAGGUCAUUUCGUUGUAUACACAAGCGAUAAAAGGCGAUUUAUGAUUCCUUUGGCAUACCUUAACAGUGAGAUUUUUAGAGAGCUCUUCAGAAUAGCUGAGGAAGAGUAUGGAGUGUCAAGUUCUGGGCCAAUCAUGCUGCCAUGUGAUUCAAAUUUCAUGGAGUACACGAUCUCCAUGAUCCAAAGACAUGUAACUAAGGAAUUGGAGAAGGCAUUGAUUACGUCUUUAGCUAACUGCAGAUACUCAUCAUUGUCAAAUGAUUAUCAAGAACAAACCAGUCAGCAAUUAUUUAUCUGUAGUUUCUAGAAACCUUUCUUCCUUUUGAAUUUUUGUAGAAAACAUAUACACACAGUUGUACAAAUUAUUAAGAGAAAGUUAAAGAAAUUUUCUGCCCAAGUUCAA